UCCGCAGCCAAAUCCGCUGUGGGGAACGAACCAGCCCAGCGGGGUCGUUGCACACGUCUCUCGUUCUCACGCUCAGUACAGUAGUAGUUUUGGUGGUGUUUACCGCAACAACGGACAUGGACUCCAAAGCGACCGCGUCCCAGCGACCCUCGGCCCCGCGAGUGGAGGUAACACGCAGCAUCUCGGUGCAGCCCCCGCUCUCUCGGCGGGGAAGCGGUCCCGGUCUGGUCCUGGUCGUGCCGGCCGGUCUUGACCUGAGCCGGCAUCAGAAGACGCUUGAUCCGCCGCCGCUGCAGAAGUGGGCCGAGGAGGGAUACGCGGUCGCCCAGAUUGUCGUCGACCGGGGUACGUCAGAAUCAGACAUCGGCGAGCAGCUCGGGGUUGCGCUGGCUGCGUUGGAGGAGCUGCCGACAUGCUCGGGUGACAGCGUUGGUCUGGUCGUGAUACCGGAUGAGGACGCAUCCGGCAGUGUAGGUUUUCGGGCCGCCCUCAAAGCUCACCCGCGGGUCGUGGCCGCUGUGUUCUAUGGGUGCCAUCCGGCGGAGGAGCUUCCCGUCCCGGUGCUUGUGCACUUGUCUGGCAACCACGACAAUGUCCGCACGAAGGAGCAGCCUGGGAAAGGGCUCGUGGUCCAUACGUACCCGGCAGCAGCCCGUUUCUUCACGAUUCCGGCCCACGCAGACUACAGCGCAGGCGCGGCUGCGGUGGCGCACACGCGCUCGCUGUCGUUCCUGAAGCCGCUGAUGGGCGGGCCCUACUUCGACCUCGAGGCCAUUUGGGACGAGCACACGCGGUACGAAUUCACGGACCGCAGCGUCGAGGCGACCAUGGCCACCAUGGUCGACGAGCCCUAUGUCAACCACGUGCCGACGCUGACUGGCGGCAUCGGGCGGGCGUCGCUGACGGCCUUCUACCGGGACCGCUUCAUCUUCAGCAACCCGCAGGACGCGGCGCUGGAGCUGGUCAGCCGGACGGUGGGCGUCGACCGCAUCGUCGACGAGUUUCUGUUCAACUGCACGCACGACCGCGUCAUUGAUUGGAUGAUUCCCGGCAUCCCGCCGACGCACAAACGGUUGAGCAUCCCGUUUACGAGCAUCGUCAACAUCCGCGGCGACCGGCUCUACCACGAGCACAUCCUCUGGGACCAGGGCACGGUGUUGCGCCAGCUCGGCCUGCUGCCGGAAUACCUGCCGUUCCCCUACGCGCUGCCGGGAGGUGCGGGCCCGGCCGCGGGCAACCAGCUCGAGUACCGCGUCCCUGUGGCCGGCGUGGAGACGGCGCGGAAGCUGGCCGACGAGAACGCAUGCGCGUCAAACGAAAUGCUGGCGUUUGCCAUCCGGGAAGUGCCCAAGGGCGAGCCGGGAAGGUGAUGCAUCCACCCUUACCACAGUAAGGUAGGCAUUGUUAGGCUGCACUGAUGGGAAAUAACCGAAGCACGGGGGUUGGUCAGCGAAGUACUCUGUAACGAAGUAUUGAAUGUGCAGGUUGAGUUGACGGUGCUGAGCGUCGUGCUCUCGUGUCAGCCACAGCGUGGAGUCCUGUUCAGACAAAGGGGCUAGAGUCAGCUGAAUGUCGCGGUUGUUCAAGGCACACACGUUGAGUUAUCUCGUGUCCGGCGUUGUGUUCAGGUUGGGCAGGAUUUGGAAUGGAAUGCAGGAGCAAACCCGAGUUUGGCCAGUGGAGCCCCGUGGUAUUUACCUCCGUACACCUCCGUACUCUGUACUCCACCUGGUAAUAAA